GUUUGCCAACAUCAAUUGUGCAUUAAGAAUAAGAUUAAACGGCGCACAGAAGUGUUGUCAUUUGUACCAUGGAGAGUUUGCGGGUGCUCGAACUCUACAGUGGAAUAGGAGGGAUGCAUUAUGCAUUAAAGGAGAGUGGCAUACCUGGCCAGGUGGUGGCUGCUAUCGACAUAAACACCACUACCAAUCAGAUCUACAGGCACAAUUUCCCUGACACACCGCUGUGGAACAAGACAAUAGAGGGCAUACCACUAGAUGACUUUAAUAAAUUAUCUUUUGACAUGAUUUUGAUGAGCCCUCCUUGCCAACCUUUCACCAGGAUAGGUCUUCAGGGGGACAUUCACGACCUCAGAACCAAGAGCUUCCUCUACAUCCUUGAUGUUUUGCCAAGUUUUGCAAUGAUUUCAGAUGCCCACGCACAUCCCUCUGAGAGUGAUUCAUCUGAGCUGCCCACAGACUUGUGUCCAACCUGCCCAAGUACUUGCCAGCUAGAAGAGGACAUGCAGGGGGGUCGUGUCCUGUAUAAACUGGAGACAGCAGCUGAUGUGCAGCAGAAAAGGAAUCAGAACAGCAAUCUGUCUGUCAGGCAGAUCCAAGACUUCCUGGAACCACAGAUGGAAGCAAACUUGGAGAACUUUCUCCUUCCUCCUAAAACCCUACUGCGAUAUGCUCUGCUCUUAGACAUUGUUCAGCCCUCCUCCAGAAGGUCCGUCUGCUUUACCAAAGGCUAUGGACGGUAUGUGGAAGGAACUGGCUCAGUACUGCAGAGCUGUAUGGAAACAGAGGUAUGUUUUGACAUAAAUACAUUCUAUGAUGCAUAG